AUGCUGACGUUUGAUAUAAAUGAGAUGUGGGUGGAGCUUGACGAAGGAGCCGAGGGUAAGGGGCGUGCCAAGUUGUGCAGUUUGGCUACACGCGGAACGCGUCCCUGGUUGUGUCGACAGCGACUGAAGAUUCUUGUGUCAGUCUGCCCAUUCAAUCUUCCUCGUUACCGAGUAGUUACCAGUACUGUAGUCUGUUCACUUAUAAUCUGCUUCAACCGAUGGCAUAAUCUCAUGUCGCAAUGGAGCUUCUCCGCUGCUCGAGUGCAUCUGACCAACGGAGGACGUGGUGCUCACGCACCAAAUGUGCUCGCUUUACUAUUACUACCGAUUCUCUGUCUAGUUGGUCUAAUCGGAAACGCUAUGGUCUGUAUAGCGAUCGCUACCGAUCGUCGUCUACACAAUGUAACGAAUUAUUUUUUAUUCUCACUAGCACUUGCAGAUUUACUCGUUUGUUUAUUGGUGAUGCCAUUGAGUAUAAUCGUCGAAGUUAAACAUGGUGUAUGGACGUGGAAUGUGUCACUGUGUCUGCUCUACGUAUACGCGGACGUAUUUCUCUGUAGUGCCAGUAUAGUACACAUGUCUGUGAUCUCUCUCGAUCGAUAUCUAGGAAUAUCGCAACCGUUACGUGCUCGAAACAAGUCAAGAACGAUGAUUACCGUCAAAAUUUCUCUCGUAUGGAUUAUAACGUUGAUCAUCUCAUGUCCGAUUGCGGUACUUGCUUCUUACGACCACACGAAUAUUCUACAGAAUAAUUCAUGUAUGAUAUUCAGUCGUCAUUACAUCAUCUACGGUUCCACGCUAACAUUUGUUAUACCGUUCUGUGUGAUGUUUGUCACUUAUCUGCGUACAACGACACUGUUGAACAAACAAGCAUCAAUUCUGAGUCAGAAGGCUAAUGACAAGCUGCAUGGAAAUGGACUACGACGGACAAUUCCACAACGGAAACUCGGGCAUAUCCAUGCAAAUUCCACAACCACAACGGCUACGUUUACUAGCAGUACGUAUAAAUCAACUUUAAAUGGUCCGAAAACGACUACGGUGACCUACACAAACGGCUAUCAUAAUUCGAUGGUUGAGUUAGAGGUUCCAGCGUCGUCACCAGCAAUGCCGUCUACUCGCACGACGGAAAACCAUCAUUUAUUCGUGCAUAAAUCAAUGCCAAAAUGCUCAACCAUCAAUCGCUGGAAAUCAAGAACGUCCAGCUACCUUUCUCAUAUCGCACUUCGAGUGGGACGACGAAGUUCUAUUCAGACUGCUAGUCAAGAACUGGCAAACGAGCACAAAGCGACACGUGUGUUGGCCGUUGUAUUUAUAUGCUUUUUCAUUUGUUGGACACCAUUUUUUGUGGCGAACUUUAUCGUUGGAUUUUGUGGUGCGCUAUGUACAAUGCCGCAAUGGCUUGGUUCUGUAUUUCUAUGGCUCGGCUAUAUUUCAAGUACCGUAAAUCCGAUUAUCUAUACCGUAUUCAACAAACGUUUUCGUCAAGCUUUCGUUCGUAUAUUACGAUGUCAGUGCUGUCAUACGGUGCGCGACCUAUCAUCACCGUAUUCACGUAACUAUACGACAACUAUCGUACCUGACACAUUCACAUGGUACGUGGUGAUUGACUGA